AUGAGCGGAGUUCAGUCUAAAGGAGGUGGCGGAAAGAAACCGCUUAAUAAAAAUCAAUUACUGAAGAGGAAUCGCAUAAGAAAUGCUAGGUCAAUUAGAGCGGAGGCGGUGGCGGCUUCAUCAUCAAAAAAUUCGGCACCAAAUGAUCUGAGUGAGUCAGGAGGUAAGUUAAAGGUGGACCAGUUCAUCAAUUCUCGAGAAUUCGAAGUCAAGCAGCUCCAAUUAGCCAUGCAUAAUUCCAAAGGAGCGAGUUCAACGAGAAUAUUCCAGGCAUUGCCCCGUAAAUUGCGUCGUAGAACUGCUUCACAUAAUGUCCGCAGAAUACCAAAGAGAAUGCGCAAUAGAGCCUUAAGGGAAAUGCGUAAGAGUGACCAACAACAAGUUUUGAAGAACCUUUCAAGCACUUCCAGGAAAACCCAUGGCUUGAAUGCGAAACAGCUUUAUAGAGCUAGAAUGUCCAUUAAAUUAUUACGAUUGGCUGGUAAAUCCACUUCUAUGAAACUGAGCAUGCCAUCGGAGAUCACGUCGUCUAAGUGCCAUGUGAGGCAAAAAAUCAAGACAUUAAAGCGUAUGAUUAAAGAAUCCUGCAAAGCAAACUCCAAUUCAAAAUUGCUUAAUAACCGUUUGGGAAGCUAUGACGUUACAGGUCUUGGUGAGUUGGCCCCUAUUCCCAAAGGCAGAAUUAAAUAUACAAAACGACAAAAGUACUUCACCUGGCUGCCUACCCACAUUUGGAAUGCCAAAAGGUCUCACAUGAUGAAGAGGUGGGGGUACCAAGUAGCAUGGGCACCAACUCAAAAAUGCUUCAAAUUGACGCAUAGAUUAGGCGGCGAUACUUGCAGCUCUGAUGGUGCCUUGUGCAUGGAUUCAAGUCACAUUGGUACGAUGAUUGUGAAGGAUAAUAGCACUGACACUAUGGGGGACUUUCUCAAAUCUAUUAUAGAGAAAUUAACAGCUGGAAGAGCAAGCAUGCGGAAAUAUCGCCAAAAUCAGACCUUAUUUCAAGGAUUAAUUUAUAGUUUCAGUGAAGCUUCCUCCAAUCCACUGGGACCAUGCGAUUUAUUCUGGGUUCAAAAAGAUACUGUGAUUUUGAGAUUACAUCCAUCCAUUUAUACUCAGGUUUUUGAUAUACUUAUACAAUACAAGGAAAAACUGACUAUACAAGAUUGCCGGUAUUCAAUUGCAAGCGUAACCUUGAAGGGGGCCAAAGCUCUAGAAUCGUUGGCCUCUUGUUUAAGAAGCACCAAAAAUUGCACAUCGUUUGAGCAAUUCAAAAUCAUUUCAAAGGUUACCGACAGCAGUACUCUACCACAGAGAUGCACAUUCGCAUUUGAAGCCAUUGAUCCACGUCACUUGGCCGCACCAAAAAAGUUAGGUGAUCCACAAAAAAAGACGAUUAGUUUUAAUGACAUUUUAUCAUUACACGAAAACUAUCCUCAUGAUGAUAUAAACACUAUUUUUAAUAAGUUGUGCAGCCCUGAAUCACGUACUCAAUCAUACGACAACCAAAACACAUUGAAAGAAAUUUCUACCAGACGUUCCAAGCUGUUGACUGCUACACCAAAUCACAUUAAUAAAACAACCGUACCAUUCAAAGGCGGUGAUCCUUCCAUUCCAUUAGUCAUAAUGAAAAGGCCCAAGACAGGUGAUUGGAUUGUCAUGUUGCCGUGGUUCUGGCUCCUACCUCUAUGGCACCAAUUGAACAGGGUACCACGGGUUUAUCAUAUCGGUCUAAGGCAGUUUCAACAAAUACAGUAUGAGAAUGAACAACUCUAUUUUCCAGAUGAUUAUCCUUUCACCCAGCUGGGUCAUCUAGAAAAUUCGCUCUAUAAAAGAGAAGCCCUAAAAACAAAGUGGGAUAGGAAGCCAAUGGGGAAAAGAAUCAAUUUCAAAGAAAUCAAGGACAUUCAUAACACUCACCUCCCAGCACUCAAAGGUGAAAUCGGUGAUUUUUUUAGUUCAGAUUGGAGAUUUCUACAAAUUUUGAAAAAUGGGCUCGAUUAUUUGCGGUGCGAUGAUAAAGACUUGAAGUUAAUGGACAGUAAGAAGACUGGACAGUUCAAUAAUCAUGGAGUAAGAGAUAUCAACUGCGUAAAUGAUGUUUUAGAGUUCUGUAAAGAUUAUGAAAUCAAGGUAAAAGCUGUGUCAUCACCAGUAGAAGAAGACAUACCAAUUAUGUUGUGUAAGCUUACAAAAUGUCAAAAACCUCCUUCUAAUAACACCAACCCUGAUGGUUCUUCAUUUCAUCUAACAAUUCAGCCGCGUUGUAUUAUUGCUGUGUCCUGUAAAUUUAUUGAACGUGGUCACCCCAGGGACAACGCAAGGAUAUAUCAAAUUCCCGAAGAGCACUUGGAGCAUUGGCUAAAACUAGCUAAGGGAGUUUACCGCCCAAACGGAAGAAGAGAUCACGAUAUAAAAAUCCCUCUUCCAGAGAUACAUGAUUUGAUUGGCUUCAUCACAAGCGGCACUUACCACUUAAAUUCCGGAAAUGGCAUGGGAAUCGGAUUCAUAGACCAUCGUUCUGCUAUGUUGCAAGCUACGAGAUAUGUUCUUGUUAGGAAUGUGGGCACUAAUAUCUAUAGGUUAGGUGAGUGGUCGGAAAUAUCCGUAUGA